UAAAAGUACAUCAAUCAUUUAUCGACAAUAGAAUAUAUUCAUAUUAUAUUUCAUGGUGUCGGUGUCAAACCAUUCAUGUAUAAUUUGCUUUAUGAAGUGGUAUUUGUGACUUAAUGUAACGGAAAAUGCUGCGAUUUUGAAGCGAAGAGCUAAAAAAAUUGUGACCAUGGGUCGUGUCGGGGAUCAUAUUUGUGAGAAAAUGUGUAAAAAUGUGUAAAAGAUUUUCGGAACAUCACCGGAGAAAAAAAUCGAACAAUGAGUGUAAUCACUUCAGUGAAAAGGACUGUAGUUCUCAGUAAAAAUUAGUAUUAAUUAUGCGUGGAGACCAAGAAAACGUCGUGAGUAGGACGUCAAUAAAGGAAGUUGACCUCAGGCCAGCUCCGGUCAGCGUCAUGGUCGAUCGUCGUCGGAUGAAGUGGCCGACGCUGGCUCUGAUAUUCCUGGCUCUGGCCUUUAGCUUCCCUGCUACUGCCUUCGACAUCAAACAAUGCACUGCGCCGCUGGGGAUGGAGUCAGGAGCCAUUGUGGAUAAGCAGAUCACAGCUUCUUCCUCGUAUGACAUCACCAUCACCGGACCAGCUUCUGGCAGGCUGAACGUUAACCGCCACGGUGGUGCUUGGUGUCCACGAGAGCCUGUUGGUUCGAACGACUCGGUGAAGCAGUACCUGGAGAUCGACCUCAUCUCCAUGCAUAUGAUCUCUGCGGUGGAGACUCAGGGUCGCUUCGGUAACGGCGUUGGAGUGGAGUUCGUCAAGACAUUCCUGCUGGAGUAUUGGAGACCUGGCUUCACAGAGUGGCGUGUAUACAAACUCUACAGCGGCGAAAAGAUUCUUGAAGGGAACGUCAACACGUACUCGCCCGAGCGCCGCGACCUCAACCCGCCCAUCCUGGCCACGAAACUUCGCUUCGUACCGCACAGCGACCAUCAGCGCACAGUGUGCAUGCGCGUCGAGAUACAUGGCUGUCCAUACCACGAGGGCGUGUUGUCGUACUCCGGGCAGCAAGGCUCGGACCGCGGAACGGAGCUGCUGCUGCAGGACGCUACGUACGACGGCAGCGUCUCUGACGGCAGGCUCUUCGGGGGCGUAGGACAACUUACGGACGGUGUGGCCGGGGCACAUAACUUCCGCUCAGACUUGGGACACGGGAAAGGCUUCGAGUGGGUUGGUUGGCGCAACGAUACAGAGCGACCUGUGGAACUUGUUUUCGAGUUCGAGACUGUGCGCAAUUUCUCGCACGUCUAUGUCUUCACGAACAACAUGUUCAGCAAAGACGUGCAGGUGUUCUCGGAGGCGCGGGUGUGGCUGAGCGUUGGAGGACAGCAGUACCUCGGAGGCCCGCAUGUGUACCGCUACAUGCCGGACCCGGUGAGCGAGUACGCACGUAACGUGAGCGUCGCGCUGCGCGGGGCUGUCGCUAAGUACGUCAAACUGCAGCUCUUCUUCGCCGACAAGUGGAUCCUUGUGUCCGAGGUCUACUUUAAUUCAACCAUCGCCACGGGAAACUUCACGGAAGAAACGGAAUCGGACACAGCGCAGCGGGAGGUGGCGGGGGGAGGGUGGAGCGCGCGAGGUUCGGGGGGCGGUUACCUACAUGAUGGCACCCCCGUCGGGGGGACACUCCAUAAAAACCUUGUAGUGACAGACCUGAGCGCCGGGGCUGGCAACCACGAGCACGUGGCUCUCAUCAUCGGCGUGCUGGUGGCUGUCAUAUGCCUGCUGCUAUCGGCCAUCCUGCUUAUCUGCUGGAGAGCUCGCCGACAAAAGGCUGGACACAUCACCCACGACGUCUACACCGGGCCCUUCGGCGAGAAGCGCGACGUUGUCAACCUUAAGGACGUACAGAAAUACUUGAAGCCUCCUGCUGUGCUUCAGCCUUCCUACGCACGGCAGAUCUCAGCCCCUCGUCCUAACCCUCCUCUCCGAGCAUCCUUCUCCUCUCCUCGACCUCCAAAACUCCAGCGUCCUCACUCGACUCUUCCUCGUCAGCAUCGACAACAACAGCACAAUCCCUUGCAGUUCAACAACAACAAUAACCUCAUCUCCUCAGUGCAGCUGGCCAAGCAGAGACUCAGCCACCAAGAGGGCAGAGAGCGAGAAGCCGACACAGAGUCCAGCAGCACCUCGCAGCUCGGCCUGGGCAGUGGAGAAGGCAAGUCAGGUCUUUACUCUGAGCCCUACCAGCUUGCGUUCAGCAACUUAGUGGGCUACCCUAGAAUGCAUGGCAAGGACUCGUCCCUCAACAGACUUUCGUCACCCGACUACACCGUGCCGCACAUCACGACGUCUGGAACGGAAGAAGAAGUUUUAUACGCGCCCCCGCUGCUGGCACACAACAAGGUCCCUUACCAAGGUCCUUUUGCAUCCUUCAUGAGUAAACACUCACUACUGGGCUCUCACUCAACCUCCUCAUCCAUCAUAGCCAACCCCAUGGACAACGGCACCAUGCCUGCUUGCUCUACUCUCAGCCACCGCAACAUAUCGAGUACUCUUACCCGCAACAUGGCCGCAGAUUUGAGUUGUGGUGAAAACAACACAAUUAAUUCAAUACCUUCUCGUCAUGGUGGGGGUAUGAACACAAGUACUCUAGGCAGCACCUUGGGAGGUACCCUUGGUAGCACCCCUGCAGGUUCCUCAGGAGCUACGGUGUCUUCCAGUUCUGGAGGAUCAACCAACAGUGCUGGGGCGACACAUCAAGAAGAAAAUUUCUACGCAACUACUGAGAUUUUGGAGAACGGUGGAGGCCUGAUGGCAGGGGAAGACGUGGUAGCGCUGAUGGAGACCAGCCCUCCACAGGAGAUAGCGCAAGAUAAGAUUACGUUGCUGCAAAAACUCGGCGAGGGACAGUUUGGCGAGGUGCACCUGGGCGAGCUGGCGCACGACGGCGGCCGCAAGCAGGUCGUGGCCGUGAAGACGCUCAGGCUGCAGGCCUCCGCCUCAGUUAGGUGUGGGUUCGAGCGUGAGGUUGAGAUCCUGGCCAAGCUCCGAGAUCCCCACAUUGUGGGUGUGGUGGGGGUGUGCACCAAGGAGGAACCCUUGUGUCUCCUGGUGGAGUACCUGGAGCAUGGAGACCUGUACCAGUACCUCCAGGCCAGAGUUGCAGAGACUACAUCACCGAGGGCCACGCAAGCAAAGACCAUAAGUUAUGGCUGCCUGAUUUACAUGGCCACGCAGAUCGCGUCAGGCAUGAAGUACCUUGAGGCACUCAACUUUGUUCAUAGAGAUCUCGCUACUCGGAACUGUCUGGUUGGGGCCAACAACAUCAUCAAGAUCUCCGACUUCGGCAUGAGCAGAUCUGUGUACGCCUGCGACUACUACCACUCGGACGGCGCUGGGCUGCUGCCUAUACGAUGGAUGGCCUGGGAGAGCGCCAUGCUUGGCAAAUACACGACAAAGAGCGACGUGUGGUCGUUCGCGGUGACGCUGUGGGAGGUGUUGGGCAUGGCGCGAGAGCAACCCUUCGAGGAGCUCUCGGACCUUCAGGUCCUCCAUAACCUUGCCGCGCACUACCAUAACGACAACAGAAAGAUGUAUCUAUCGCCGCCUUCGGGAUGCCCUAAGGAGAUUUACGAGCUCAUGAAGGAAUGUUGGCGAAGAAACGAUGUUGACAGACCUUCCUUCAGGGAGAUUCACAUGUUUCUGCUCAGGAAAAACCUCGGAUAUUCUCCGAUCGUUUGAAUGUCAGGCAAAAUAAUGAACGGAAUGCUGUCUUACAAGGUGGUACCGUGUUCCGGCUCAUGCUGGGCAAGUUUGCCAGCUUGUUAGCGUAUGCGCGAGAAGAUGGCAUGAAAAUGUCAAGUUUUCAGCAGCACAAACUAGGGUGACGGUAGAGAUACACACGCGUGCUUGGUUCAAUUCAUGUCAAUUUUGUGUGUAAAUAUCCACAGUUAAAACUUUAUGUCGAAACACUUAGAAAAAUUUGUGACUGUAGUUCCUUAAAUUAGAUAAGUCGAAGAU